GUCUAGACACACAGAUGCACCAAGAAGGAAGAAAACAGGGAACUCCACCCACAAAGAAGAGUCCACACAACCACCAGCAAAUCUCUCUCUCUCUCUCCACUGGCCCAGCUGGACCAAAAUUUAUGUAGAAGAAAAACAAAAAAAGGAAAGGAAAGAUAGGGAGAGAGAAGGAAAGGAAGGAAAUAUGGAGGAGUAUGCAUAGAUGGAUGUAUACAUAGACAUAGUAGAUGUCUUCAAUUGUCCUCCCAACCAAACCCACCUCACAAAAACCUCUUUCACCAGCCCCUCUCUUUCUGUCUCUCACAGCACAAUGGAUAAAAACAUGUGUACCAGAAAUACCCUUCUGCAACCCCCCAAAAUAUCCCAUCUUCAUCACUGUCUUCCAAACUUUCAAAGGGGGAAAAAACAUUUAUUUUCACCGAAUUAUGUGGGCUUCUUUGGGUUUUCUUUGUCUUGGUCAGAGUUUCACAGAGAAAACAGGAAAGCAAGAACCUUCCUCUCACUUCCUUUCUUGUUUCCAUCCCUAUCUCUCUCUCAACCCUUUUCUUUCCUUGUUUUUUUAUUUUUCUUCCGUCUCUUUCUUACAUCUUCUUAUUUGAGACUUUUUCUCCUGCCUAGUUCUUUUCAAUUUCUUCAUAAUUGCUUCCUUGUGGUAUCUGGGUUCUUUUGUUUCUCUGUGAUCUGAUGAUGAAGAAGAUGAAAGGGGUGGCUCUUGCUCCUAGAAAUACGUCUCCUUCUCCGUAUGGUGUUUAUGAAGACCCAAUCAGUUUCAAACAUCAGAGUCUCUUGCAAGACUACGAGGAGCUAUACAAGGAAACAGAGGUCCGGAAGAACAACUUGGAGAUGAUGAAACAGAAAAGAUUGACCCUCUUGGCUGAAGUCCGAUUUUUGAGGCAGCGUUACAAGCUCUUAAUGCAAAACCAGACUCAGAAAUCCAUACUCGAACAACAGCGCCCAGCGAGGAAUUCAGAAAUUAAAAGUAGAAACAUUGCAAAAAAAAGUAGUCGCAGUGGAAAGAACUCUGCUUUACCACCUCCAGUCCCACCUUUCGAUUUGAACAAGAAGGGAAAGACUUACAUUGAGAGGCAAGCCACUUUGAAAAAACCUUCUUCAAGUUUUGACCUAAGCCAGAAGCACAUGAGUUAUGGUGCAGCAGAAGCUUCUCUACAGGAUUCCAGAUCAAUUCUUGACUUGAAUGAAAGGGAAAGAAUUGAAAGUGGAAAGGAAGCUACUGUCCGAAAUGCAACCCCAGUUUUUGAUUUAAACCAGAAUUUGAUAGAAGAGGAAGAAUUGCAGGGUAAUCGUGAGUCAUCGAGAACGGAGGAGCUAAAGAAAAGUUCAAUUAGAGCCGGAAGUGAUGAACAAUACAAUGAUAUGAUGCUAUCAGCCUGUAGAAAUAUUGGCAAUGGGCCAAACAAGUCGGGGAAGAGGAAGAUCUCAUGGCAAGACCAGCUAGCAUUGAGGGUUUGAAACAGACUUUAUCGGUUCAAAAUUGGAUAUUUUACAGUUUUGGUGGUCUGGAAAGUUGGCUUCACCUUUCCUUGUGAUACCCAAUUUGCAUACUUAUUUUCAUUUGUAAAGGAAAAUAGUAUAUACAUUAUGACAAUGUUGAUUUUAUGGGCAUAAACUUUCUCUCUCUACCUUGUAAAUAUUGUUUAGUCCCUGUG